AUGUCUGAAGCAUUUGCUUAUGACGAAGAGACUUAUGCCCCAGAAGCUGCUGAUGGAGUCUUGGUUAUAUUAGUCUGUCGAGCUAAACAUUUACCAAAUCGAAGAAAACUUGAUAAACAAAGCCCAUAUGUUACUUUGAGGAUCGGUACUACAGCGAAAAAGACCCAUUCUCAUUUCAGGGCAGGACAGACUCCAGAAUGGUCUCACGAGAUUAGAUUUCAGUUAACUCGUGAAAGGAAACCCAUUAUGAAGAUAGACGUUCUUGAUGAGACAAAGCAUGAUCCGACCCCGAUUGGUGCAGCAGAAAUCGAUUGCUCUGCUGUGUUUAAUCCAGAAAAUAGGAAAGUUGAAAGUGAUCCUCUGGGGAAACAAACCGAGAAAUAUAUCUAUGAUAAAUGGUAUGAUUUAACGUUACACGAUAGAAGAGCUGGGAUUAUUUAUUUAGAAAUGACUUUUUAUCCACAGGCACCGGUGGUUCCACCAAAGGUAAGCUUGAAUCCUGAUGGAGAAUAUCAAUCUUACACUCCACAAUUAUCACCUCAAGCCUCUUUCUAUGCCCAACAACAACGCUCUCCGUUAAGAAACAGUAAUGGGAGUAGUAACUCCAUUAAAAACCUACCUCCUCCACCAAGACAUCCAUCCCAAUCACGAGGAAAAACCGCUGCUGAUGAUGUGUUUGUCACUAUGUUUAAAAACAAUGCUAACGGACAUGAACAUAUUAAAUUACCUGCCCCUGCGGCUCCUGAAAACAAUGGUGUUGACGCUAAACUGCAAGAGGAAGUAUUCGUGGAUAAUGGUUCACCAAAACUGAAAAGAUUUGGCAAACUUAAUAAAUUAAAAGAAAGAUUUCAAACCAGAGAACCGCUUACAAAUUUAUGGAGUGCAAAUAACUCUCCAUUAACCAGUCCGAAGAAGGGUCAAGUCAAAGAUGGUGAAUCUGCAGAACCAAGAUCCAGGUCCAUCUCUCCAUUAAGUGAAUAUGGUAGGGAUAAUCAUUAUGGACAACCCCAUAUUCAAGAUCAAGAUGAUUUCAGUCAAUUAGAACGUGAUGUUCAUGGUAGAUCUCCUUAUUAUGCUGACAGAAUUGAUAAUGAUGACCUUGAUUUUUCUCCACCAAUCCCACCUCCUCAUACUGUUAGCAUAACACCGCCACCACCGGUACCAUCUGAUCAUUAUAAGAAAAAGUCUCCUCUGCGUAAACCACCUCCAACAAUGUCGGAGCAACUACAUAAUCUUUCCCUUAGCGGAGGGCCUUUACCAUCUACUUCAAUCCCAUUUUCAGCAAAUGAUAUAGGAGGUGAUGACGAUGAUGACGAUGACUUUUUCGAUGAUGAUUUCAAUAAUACCUUACCUCCUCCACCCCCUCCACAGAAAAGACAAGAUAUUGAUCCAAAGUUCUAUGCUCCAGUGCCUACUGAAAAUUUCAAUAAAAUUAGUAGACUACAGAGUGGUAAAGUGAAACCUGAUGACGUUAGAGUUGAUUAUAGGACCAAGGAAACUGGAUAUUUGGGGGAAGGAAAAUGGAAUGAAAACAAGUUUUCUCCUUCAAUAUUUGAUAAAAUGCCAAUGAAUGACGAGAAUCAUGGGUUCGAAAAUAAACCCCAUGUACCUCCUAAGAUCCCACAAGGAUUAACUGAAAUGGAAUAUUAUGUGCUAGAGCAAGAAAAAUACUUGAAAGACAUAAACGGUAAUAGGAUGUGA